AUUUUCGCCUUCCUUGUGGCCUGCUCUUGAUUUCAUCAAGGAGGUUUCGAUUCUCUUCAAUCCGUGCAAGAUAAAAAGAAUCUAAUUGACGAGAUCAUAAAGUUGUAAAGGCCAAGCAGGCCAGAAAUCUCCAGAAUGUUUGUCUCAUCCUAUCGGCCUCAAGAAGCAGAAGAGAAAAAAAGGAAAGGAAAAAGAACGGUAUGAUUACGAGCUAAACAUGAUAUCUACGUUGUUAAUAACUUCCGUCAUAACCACAGAGAUCUGGCAACCAUGAAGAUUGUCAUCAAACCAAUCAGUUACUUGAACAUUCAAGAUCCACAAAAGAAGAAAAUGACGCUGAUUUUGGAUCCUGAAGCUGAUGGUAACUGCGGAUCCCCUUGCAUUGCAUCUGCUAUCCAUGGUGACCAGAAUCGUGCACUGGGUGUCAAAGAGGAUAUGUUGGAUUGGUUCAACGAAAACAAAAGACGGAUCGUGGAAAAGGAUGUUGUUGCCAAUACACUGAGCAACUUUGAUCGGUAUCCACCAGAUGAUUGCUGGUUCGACUCUUUGGAUUGUCCAAAAUUGUUGCCGACUCUACAUCGGGCUGUUGCUGUGUAUUCCGAAACAGAUAGCAAUGUCUUGUAUCUCCUUCCCCGCUCUGAACCACCCGAAGCUUUCAAAUUAAACAUGCUAUAUAUCGAGCAGAUAAAAAAAAGCAUUGAUUGGGCACAGAAGACAACAGCGUUCUAGAUAAUAAAAUACGGAUAAUACAGAAAGUGAAAUAUAGAAGAUUCACACGAAAAGG